AGAUUGUAAAAUACUUAGAUAUUUAGAUUUCUAUUAGAUUAAAUAUCAAGCUGGUUUUGCGGAAUUUCGAGUAAAUUGUUAUAUUCUGUAAUCGGUUAACAUAACGGCAACCAUGGAUGAAAGCUUACUUCGUCAGCGUGAAGCUUUUAAGCAGAGGGCAAUGACUAUGCCCGUGGUGGAACGUAGUACUGUGCGGAAAGACACCUCACGAAAAGAAAGUGCAACUACUUCGAAAAAACUGCACAGACCAAGUAGUUCUACUUCUAGCAAACCUAUACCAAGUUUGUACAGUAAGCCUUCUGUAAAUAAACAUAAGUUUGGGUUACUAGCUCAACUGGUAAACCACAUGAAAUCUAGGCAUCAGAAUGGUUUCACGCAUGCUUUGACGUUAGAUGAAAUGUUAGAAGAAUGCAAUAUGGAAACUACUAUAUCCACCAUGCAUAAACAUUGGCUGUUAAAUGAGGCACUUGUAAAUAAUCCAAAAAUUCAAGUGAUUUCUGAGGGUGCAGCUACACAGUUUUCGUUUAAACCUAAAUAUAACAUCAAGGACAAAAAAGCGCUUUUAAAAUUACUCGAUCGCCACGACCAGCGCGGGUUAGGUGGAAUUAGAAUGGAAGAUAUAGAAGAAGGAUUACCGCGGGCGAAGAAAUGCAUAAAACUUCUUGGAGAUAAAAUUCUCUUUGUCACAAGGCCAGAUAAAAAACAGAUCGUUUUUUACAACGAUAAAAGCUGCGAGUUUCCCGUAGAUGAAGAGUUUCAACAGCUUUGGAGGAGCGUGACAGUUGACUCAAUUGAUGAUGAAAAAAUUGAGGAGUACCUUAACAGCCAUGGGAUUACAUCCAUGCAGGAUAAUGCAGUUAAAAAACCCGCUGUACAAAAGCGCAAAAAGACAAACAGGAAACGGAAGUUUAAGACACAUAAUGACCAUUUGGAUGGUCUUUUAGAAGACUAUUCGGAAAAAUCGAAAUAGUUUUUUAUUUACUCGUUAGGUUAUCUGUGAUUUUUCCGAUAGUACUUUAAAUUUCUUGCUUUUUCUUUGAGUAAACCUUAUUUUAUUUGUUCUGUACUAAUUACUACACUACUGCUAUAAUAACAUUUAUUUAAAUAAAUUAAAAUAUUGGAUAGGUAAACUUUCGUACCCAAGCACUAUGUUAAGAAAACCCUAAAAAAUUGAUGUGUAUUUACCAUGCCAAUAAACUUUAUCUUCCAAUAUUUCCUAUUAUUGC